AUGGCGACCAAGAAACGAGAAGGGAGGUCGUUUACCUUUGUAGAUUACGACAUCAACAGACGUGGCGUUACCGAAACCGCCCGAGCUCACCUGAUGAAAAACCGCGUAAGGUCAAAAAGAGAUGCGCGAUCUGAAUGGGUUUCUAGAAAUCAAUUUUUGCCGCUGCGAUGGAUGCGACCCAAGGAGGAAAACCCUGAGUCAGGUCCAAACGCGUCGAAUGAACAACCUGACAUUCCAGCCAAAUCGGGAAAAGUGAUAAGGAAUGUCAUUUCUCACUAUUCAGCCGUCAUUGAUUUCCAGAAGGAUAACGUCCGAUUCUCGCCACAGCCGCAGAGAAAACGAUCACGUUCAAUCUCACCUGGGUCGGUGGCGAGGGAAAAAUUCGACAUAGUAGCCAAUCUCGAAAUCCGGGACAGUUCUUCGGAGGGAAGCCCAGUCAACAAAAGUGCCGGUCGUUCGCCAGAAGAAUGCCCCAACCGAACAAACGGGCCUGGAUCGAACGUUUCUCCUUUGCCGGAGGGAGAGUCGCCAGGGUUGAACGCAGGUACACUCGAGAUCGACCGUCAGCCAUCGCAAUCGGACUCAACGCGCCGACGGGUUAGCCUGAGGACCGAUUCCGAAUUUGGAUUGUCCCUAGGACUCAAAAUCGGCAACAGCCUACCAGCACAACCAGCGAUGUGGCAAAAUCAGGGUUUUGAGUCCGACGAACCCCACCCCCACAAUUUACGAGCUGGACUUGAAAACCCGGUUGCCAGAAUAACUAUAUCACUAGUGCCUCCUGAUUACAAUCUCAUUCGUUAUUUCACAGCGAAUGCGGUCACGAUGCUUGGCUUCGACAGAUAUCCAGAAAUCGUGCAAACUUAUGACCCCGUACUCACAUUAUUCGUGCCGUUUGCCCUCUCGAGCCAAUGGUGUUUUGAAACCAUGGUGCUCUUGCUCAGUGUAUAUUAUCACCAACGAAACUCAUCGUCGACUGAAGAUGAUGGUGUCCCCGCUGAAAGGAAUCAGUAUCUUGCUUCGCGACAGAACGGUAUCCUGGCGACAACUCGGUCAAGAAUUUCCGCGCUGGCCAAUCAGAAAGAUUCGAGUGAUGAAGAUGUGGAUACUUGGCAUCAAGCAUUGUGGAUUGCCCUGCAAGACAAUUGUGUGGUGGUGCGUGUCAAUGCUGGUCGAGACUGA